AUGCUAAAUUANCAAAAUUAACCAUCAACAUUUUAUGCUGAAGCUACAAAAUAUACAAACAUUAUUGGAGUAGAUUUAGCAUCAGUUUGGAAUCAAAAGACAUAGACUACAUAACCAGAAGUUUAACUUAUUAAAGAUAAUUAAAUGAUGGUUUAUGCUUGGACAUUCUAAGAUGAUAAUAGUGGAACUCAAAAUAUGUUCAACUCAACUAUUGCUAAAGGUAUAUAUUAUUAAGCAGUCAAAAUGAACAUCCAUGGUCUUAUCACAGAAUUUCCAGAUGUAGCAAUCUAAUAUGUUUAAUUAUAUUAAAAUUAAUGAACAAUAAUCAAUAUCAAUAAAGUGGACUCUUAACGUUGAUUCUUACUAUUCUUCUUAACAGGAGUAAUCUUAUUGAUAGUUUCAUUCCUUUUUCAGGGUUUUUUCCUUAUCAAUCCUUAUCUGUUUUUACUUCUAUCCUAAUUGGGAUCAUUACUCAUUUGGAUAGCUAUCAUUUAAGUUACUAAAUAUAAUAAUAACAUCUUAAAAUUAAGCUAGAACUGUACUAUACUUUGUAGCUUUACUGA